UUGUGUAAGUGUCACUACAGUUAACAUGGUUGUGUGACUUGUGCUGUAAAUCACGCCCAAUUCACGCACUGCCGCGCGUUUCUUGACUUGUUCCUCAAGGUGGCGGCAGUUUGUCAAAGAGUUGCACAAAAUGAAGGGGGAAAAUAUCAAAUGCAGAGGUGUAAGUUAUUUAAGUAAAGAAAUGGGCUAAGUCAGGAAAUUGGAAGACAUUUUUGCAAAGUAAAAGGAGAUAUCAUUAUGAUUAAAAAACGUUCUACGACACACUUUAUUUUUGAAAUAAUCAGCUGCACUCAACAAGCUGAAUCGAGAGUAGAGAAAAUAGCGAUUGCUGUGAAAAGUGCUACAACAUAUAUUGACAUCCAAGGAAUAACAUGGGAACAAGAGGAACAUUGAAAGAAUAUAAAAAGAAAUAGAAACUCGAUCCCGAAAUCAGAAUGCUGUGAGCCUCAUUGCAAAUUUGAAUAUUAUAUUUUUUUAAAUACUAAAAAUAAGCAAUUAUUAACAUACACGGUGACUAGUCACUGUAGUUAAAAUGCUACAUCUGAGUAUUUAGUACAGUAAUUAUACAAUACAGUAACAAUAUUUUAAAAAACGUAGCAAUGUACUCCUUACCACUAGAUGGCGUUGUUUGCCAGUCGUCAAAUGACACGAAGAAGAACACAACAAAAGUAGGAGCGGGAGCGAAGAAGCACAAGUUGGUCAACUGUCUUGUGUGGCGUCCCAGAUAAAUGCGUUGUUUCACUCGUGGCGUAAUGAAGCGAGUUUUAACCACGGUGCCGACAACUUAACUAGCUGCUAGUUAGCUUGCUAGCUUACACCGCUACACAUCGUGAACAGAACCGUGUUUUCCUUCUCUAGCUCCGUUAAUGUUGUUCUGGUGCCUUCGUGUUGUGAUUAACAAGUCCCUACAUAUGUACCUUUGAUUAACAAACGUAACUUGAAUUAGUUAAUUCACAAACACGCUGACAUUUCUUGGUAGCUAGCACCGCUGUUUAGGCGUUAUAUUAGGCCUCUUGGCUCCUCGGUGUUUCCUGCGGAGGCCGGCUGUCUUUGCCGGUGACCUACGGCAGCUGGAACUUCUGGAAAUCAAAGGUGACCCAUCGAUGUUUUUUUCCCCCCCGCUAGCUUUGCAUGAUCAUCGAGUUGAGGUGAAGUGCAAACUGUUGUUCUAGUUUACAGUUGCUGAAGCGAGAUGGAGGCUCCUCCAGUCACUGUGAUGCCCGUUACCGGCGGCACCAUCAACAUGAUGGAAUACCUUUUACAAGGAAGUGUGUUGGACCAGGCCCUGGAAAGCCUUUUGCAUCGCCUGCGAGGCCUUUGCGACAACAUGGAACCUUCCACCUUCACUGACCACGAGCUGGUUUAUCUGCUGAAAGGCCAGCAAGGUAACCCUUUUAUCCUGCGUGCCCGUCGCUCGCUUUCCCAGCCUGCCGCCCCGUGGCACCUGCGCUACCUGGGGCAGCCGGAGGUGGGCGACAAGAGCCGCCACGCGCUGGUGCGCAACUGCGUGGACGUGGCCGCCUCGCACAGUUUGCCCGAGUUCCUCAACGAGAUGGGCUUCCGCAUGGACCACGAGUUUGUGGCCAACGGGCACAUUUUCCGCAAAGGCGCCAUGAAAGUGGUGGUCAGCAAACUGUCGCGAAUCCUGGUCCCGGGGAACACGGACAACACGGAGCGGCUGUCGCUGUCUUACUUGGUAGAGCUGAGCGUGUUGGCGCCCGCUGGCCAGGACACCGUGUCGGAGGACAUGCGCAGUUUUGCGGAACAACUCAAACCUCUGGUUCACCUGGAGAAGAUUGAUCCCAGCAAACAGAGACAUUGACGGACCUCCGCAGCAUUCACGGAAAUGCUCGAUCUCGCCUUUUAUUUUUCCAUGUUUCACAAAAUGCAAUACACCCACGGUUGACCAAACAGCUCGUUGUCCGUUUGCUUUAUUUAGGGAGGUUCCCCGCACUCAGUAUAAAUGAUGGAUGUUUUCCUGCAAUUUGACUCAAGUGGCUUUGCGCCCAAAAACAAUCCAUCAUCUCGCACUUCUCUGUAACAGUUUAUAGAUGAGAGGCCGUAGUUCCCACUAAGGCAAUGCUUCCCAACUGUGUUUGAGUCAAGGCACCAAUUUGAAACCAUUCACAUCUCAUGACCACUAAACAAAAAUACUGAAAUAACGAUCAUCUUGACUCGGCACACUCGGUGUGAAAUAUGGGCCUGUUUGUUUGAAUACACUCACCGGACGCCAUCACUUGGCUGUACCCAAAAGUUUACAGUACCUUCUGCCAUCUAACGGGAUAACUUUUUUUUUUUUUUUUUUUUUUGUUCUGCCCGUUCCUGAACAUUGCUGGCAUCGGUGAAGAGUAGAAAAAGAAAUCAACAAAACUUUUUGUAGAUGGUUGGCAGCUUUGGUCAGUAUGAUUUAUCGUAUUUUGAAAAAAGUCAUGUUACUAGAUAAAGCUUGAACUGUUUAACUGUUACAGA